GUUUAAAAAUUUCUUUUACGAUGAAAAAUUUUUGGAGGUUUUUCCCACAAGGUAAAUCGAAAACGGAAUCUCGCGAAGUCAAUUUAGUGGCAGCCGACAUGUCAGAUGUCAUGCAAAGGGAUGCCGUGCAUUUCGCCGAAAGGGCCAUCAGCGAGCAUGAAUUGGAGAAGGAUAUCGCGAUGGCUAUAAAGAAAAGGAUGGACGUCCGUCAUAACCCGACGUGGCAAUGUGUGGUCGGCAAAAAUUUUGGAAGUUCCAUCAGCUACACGGCUAUGAAUUUCAUGUAUUUCUAUGUUGGCAACGAUGCCAUACUUUUGUUCAAAUCGUGACAUAUACUAAAUAAUAGUAAUUCAGUUUCUUAUUGAAAAAUAAUGUAUUUUUUUUAA